GGCGGCCUCUCUAGCCCCGCGUCUCGGUGGUGGCGCCGACCCCCGCCUGCCCGCCCUGCACGCUUCGCGGCGCUCGGAGGAAAUGGCUGCAAGAGCCCAGAGGCCUCGGCCCGCGGAGCUUACUCUGUGAGAGCAGUCUUGAGAUAAUCUGCGUUAUCAUUGAACAGUUACUGACGGUAGCAGUGUUUUGAGACCAGGCGAUUACUUGGACUGCCGCUUGCAUCCGCCAGGUUUCUUCUGUUUAGGACAUCUGGAAAAGGUGUCCAUGCUUUGGUGUUGGGGCAGGUUUUCAUUCUAUACCAGUUCUUCCCUGGGAUGGAACAUGGCAUAAUAGCUGAGUCGUCAUUAGCAUUUACAUGUGAUUGAAGCCUGAACAGCUGGGGGAAAAUUCUCAAGCUCCGUGGUUACUAGUCAUUCGCCACAAAUGUGCCCUCGCUAACACUGGCUGUGCUUUGGUUGCAUUUCACCGUCAGGAUGGAUGAGAAAGGUGACCCAAGCAAUGAGGAAGUGCCCAAGGCCAUCAAGCCCACCAGUAAAGAGUUCAGGAAAACGUGGGGUUUUCGAAGAACCACCAUUGCCAAGCGAGAGGGCGCUGGGGACACUGAGUCAGACUCCCUGGAACCACAGCCACAGCCCCAGAGCCUGUCCUUGCGGCGCAGUGGGAGGCAGCCGAAGCGCACGGAGAGAGUGGAGGAAUUUCUCACGACAGUCCGCCGCCGAGGACGGAAGAGUGCCCCCGUCUCCCUCGAGGACCCCAGUGAGCUCGCGUCCGGUCCUGCGACGGAUGUGGAGAGUGCCUCUGAAGGGAGCGUGGAGAGCGCCUCUGAGGCGAAGAGUGGCUCCAAGGCUGGCUCCCCGCGCGGUGAGGGGCGGCCAGCUCCCUCCACAGAGGCCAGAGGAGGGGACGAGGAUGGCACCUCGGACAGUGACAGCGAUGGGUUGACGUUGAAGGAACUCCAGAAUCGCCUGCGCAGGAAGCGGGAGCAGGAAGCAGCCAGCAGGCCCCCGAAAGGCCUCCAGAGCCGCCUGAGGAGAGCACGCCGGGAGCAGGACCCCGCGGAGGCUGCGGAUGUGGAGGCAGGCAGUGCUGCGGAGGGCCCACCGCCUGGCAGGCAGGAGCCUGAGGCUGGCCAGGAAGCUGGGUCCCAGGCCACGAGCGAUGAUGGAAACAGCAAGCUGGAAGGGCCAGUGGCUCAGGGACCCAAAGGGCUGGAGCCUGGAGACUCGGGCAGACACAAGCCCGAGUGUGAAGUGUACGACCCCAACGCCCUGUACUGCAUAUGUCGUCAGCCUCACAACAACAGGUUCAUGAUUUGCUGUGACCGCUGUGAAGAAUGGUUUCACGGUGAUUGUGUGGGCAUUUCUGAGGCUCGGGGGAGGCUCUUGGAGAGAAACGGGGAGGAUUAUAUCUGCCCGAACUGCACUAUUCUGCAAGUGCAGGACGAGACUGACGCAGACACCAUAGGCCAGCACGACCCGAAGGCUAGGCCUGCAGACGCUGAUGGCACAGACUUCACCAGUAUAGGGACGAUAGAGCAAAGAUCUAGUGAGGACCAAGGAAUAAAGGGCAGAAUUGAGAAAGCAGCAAACCCGAGCGGCAAGAAAAAGCUCAAGAUAUUCCAGCCGGUUGUAGAAGCUCCUGGUGCCUCCAGAUGUAUUGGUCCUGGGUGCACUAAUGUGGCUCAGCCUGACUCAGUUUACUGCAGCAAUGACUGUAUUCUAAAACAUGCUGCAGCUACUAUGAAAUUUCUAAGUUCAGGUAAAGAACAAAAACCAAAACCUAAGGAAAAGACCAAGAUGAAGCCAGAAAAGCUCAUUCUUCCAAAAUGUAGCGUUCAGGCAGGCAUUAGAAUCUCCUCUGUGCACAAGAGACCAGCUCCAGACAAGAAGGAGAACCCCGUGAAGAAGGUGGUGGUGGCUGCCUGCCGAAGCGAGGCCCUCACCAAGGAAGCGGCCUGUGAGAGCACACCGUCCUGGGCUAGUGACCACAAUUACAAUGCAGUAAAGCCAGAAAGGACAGCUGCCCCCUGGCCGCCACUGUUGUAUAAAUCCCUGAAGGAGGACAGACGUGCCGAGGAGAAGGUGGCGGUGGCUGCACCGAAGAAAGCGGCUCCUCCAGGCUCCUUAGGCAGCAAACACCCUUUGCCCAGAAAUCUCGUCCCAAAGAAAUCUCCUCCUUUCUCAAAUGUAGCUGCAGUGAAACCGGCCAUCAAAAUGUCACCCUCAGGCUUCAAGGGCACCAUACCCAGGAGGCCAUGGCUCUCAGCCACCCCCUCGGGUAGUGUUUCCACUGCCAAGCGGGCAGGGCUAGCGCCUGUCACUGCCACGUCUGCCCCCAAGAGGUCACUGGGCUCCGCUGCCUCUGUGGGGGCCAUCCGGAAGCCAGCAGCAGCCUCCGGCCCCUUGGCCUCCCCAGCCUCAGGGCAUUUGGGAGCAUCGGGCCCCACCCCAUCACAGCCAAAUUCGCAAAUCCGGCAAAAUAUAAGGCGCUCCUUAAAGGAGAUUUUGUGGAAAAGGGUCAGUGACAGUGAUGACUUGAUCAUGACAGAAAAUGAGGUGGGGAAAGUUGCGCUCCAUAUUGAGAAGGAGAUGUUUAACUUGUUCCAAGUCACGGACAAUCGCUACAAGAGUAAAUACCGCAGCAUCAUGUUCAACCUCAAAGACCCCAAGAAUCAGGGGCUCUUCCAUCGUGUUCUGCGGGAAGAAAUCUCUUUGGCAAAGCUGGUGAGAAUGAAGCCAGAAGAACUCGUGUCCCGUGAGCUCUCCACAUGGAGGGAGAGGCCAGCCAAGCCAGUCAUGGAGGUCAGGACUAAACUGCACAGUGAGAACAAGAAGAUGGCCGUUAAACAGGAAGCCAUUCCCGACUUGGAAGACUCUCCACCAGUGUCAGACUCAGAUGAGCAGCAGGAAUCGGUGCGAGCUGUCCCAGAGAGCACAGCGCCCCUCCUCGACGUCUUCAGCAGUAUGUUGAAGGACACGACGAGUCAGCACCGGGCGCAUCUUUUUGACCUAAACUGUAAAAUUUGUACGGGUCAGGUUCCUUCAUCAGAAGAUGAGGCAGCUCCAAAAAAACAAAAGUUGUCAGCUUACGCUAAGAAGGAAGAGUCAAAACCCAAGUACGACGCGUCUGCCUCUGAGCCAGUUCUUAGCUCAGCUGACGAAAUCAUACUAGAAACACUGCCUGAAAAUGCCUCCGAGCCAGACUUGGAAAGUGCUUCUCACGCACACUUGGAAAGAAAGUUUUUCCCCGUGCCUCCGGGAGAUGGCCACCCUGAGCCCUCCCCACUGGAAGGCCCCUCUUGCCCGGCCUCCUGUGGGGGCGGGUUGCUCACCACAGUCACGGUGUCCGGCCGAGACCCACGGACCGCAUCAAGUGGGUCGUGCACAGUUGUGGCCCCUGCUGCAGCCCGCGUGGACGACUCCCAGCAAGCAGAACCCCGGCAAGACAUCGUGAAGCCUGCUGCCACUUCUGUGACCACACCCAAGUCCAUACUAGCUAAGCCAUCCUUGUCCCCUGAGCCUAGAUACCUCCUGUCAGUGCCGCCGUCUCCAAGCAUCAGCGUCUCAGAGUCACGUUCCCCUCCAGAAGGAGAUACAACCCUCUUUCUGUCUCGACUCAACACCAUUUGGAAAGGAUUUAUUAACAUGCAGAGUGUAGCCAAAUUUGUCACUAAGGCAUAUCCCGUCUCUGGAUGCUUUGAUUAUCUCAGUGAGGACCUGCCCGACACGAUUCACAUUGGUGGACGGAUUGCGCCGAGGACAGUUUGGGAUUACGUUGGCAAACUCAAAUCUUCUGUGUCUAAGGAGCUGUGUCUGAUCCGCUUCCACCCCGCGACGGAGGAGGAGGAGGUGGCCUAUAUCUCUCUCUACUCCUAUUUUAGCAGCCGUGGCCGCUUCGGCGUCGUCGCCAAUAACAGCAGGCACGUCAAGGACCUAUACUUGAUCCCGCUGAGUGGAAAGGACCCUGUUCCCUCCAGACUCCUGCCCUUCGAGGGACCAGGUCUUGAAUCACCACGUCCAAACAUAAUCCUUGGGUUAGUCAUCUGUCAGAAAAUAAAGCGUCCCUCAAAUGCUGGAGAGCUAGACAAGGUGGAGGAGAAGCGGGCCCGCCUGCAGACCCAAGAAGAGGCGGAUGUCUUGGCACACCCCAAAAUGCCCACAGCCCCACAGCCCGAGAGGAAGCCCCCCAAAUACCAGCCCUGUGCCGGGGACACAGCUAUGGGUGCCACGCCCCCCGGGUCUCCACCACCACCGCCCCCUCUUCCAGAGCCUCCAGUGGCACCAGCUGCUUCAUCAGUGUUAAAAAUACUGUCAUCCCUCAAACCAGGAGCCACAAACACCGUCACAGCAUCAACCACGUCAGCCACAGUUACUGCAGCCGCUUCCUCCAUCACUUCCUCCAGCUCAAAAACAGCUUCGCCCCUGGAGCACAUCCUGCAGACUCUCUUUGGGAAGAAGAAGUCGUUUGAUCCCCCCACCAAAGAGCCUGUGGGAGUUGCCCCAGCCGCCCGAGACCCUGAGGCUGACAACGCACUGCCUGCAGCGCCGUUACUGGACCCGAUCGUCCAGCAGUUUGGCCAGUUUGCAAAGGACAGAGCCUUGGAGGAUGAGGAGGAUGACAGGCCAUAUGACCCCGAGGAGGAGUACGGUCCUGAGCGAGCCUUUGACACUCAGCUCGGCGAGGGAGGGAAGAACCGCGACUCAGAACAGGCCUCGGAGUCAGCUGAGCGGGAGGACGUGGCCUAUGACCCGGAGGACGAGACCAUCUUAGAAGAAGCCAAGGUUACAGUUGAUGACCUGCCCAACAGAAUGUGUGCGGAUGUCCGAGGCAGCUCCGCGGAGAGGCCCGAAUAUGCCGCUGCUGUCACCCCCGCCUCACUGGUAGAGCAGCAGAAAAUGAUAGAGGAGCUCAACAAACAGAUCGAGGAGCAGAGGAGACAAGUGGAGGAGCAGGAAGCAGCCUUGCGGCAACAGCGAGCCGCUGCUGGGGCCUCCAUGGCCCACUUCUCUGUGUCAGACGCCCUCAUGUCACCCCCGCCAAAGUCAUCAGGGCCUAAGGCUGAGCUGUUCCUGCAAGAGCAGCCGGGAGCCAGCCAGCCCGCCGUGCUCCCCACUGCCAGCCAGGGGGCCGGCCCAAGCCCUGACCUACGCCAGAGCCGGGACCCGCGGCAGGCCCGGCGUCUGGCUGCAGAGACUGAGAGUGAGGCGGGCCCCCAGCCCCCUGGCAGCAGCCCGCGCAGCGCCCCGCCAACCAGAGAGGCACCUGCACCGGCCAAGGAGGAGGAGUCAGCCCCUCGGCUGUGGGCGGCUGGGGAGGAGGCCCCCCUGCCGGCCCAGCAGGAUGGCCCCCGGUGUGAGCACUCACAGGAUGGCCAGCAGCUCCCGGACAGCGCCGCCCCCUUGGCCAGCAGGGACAGCGCCUGCAGGCCUGCCCGUAAGGUCCUGCUGCCCACGCCCCCCAGCACCUCCUUCCAGCCAGAUUUCCCUCUGCAGGAGGGGCAGAAUUUUAAUGCUGGAGGAAGAGGUCCUCUCUCGAGUCCAGUCUUCACACCUCAGGAAAAGUCUCUCGGCUCCUCCCAGUAUGAGGACCCACGAAAUGCCCAGUUUGCUGAAAAUAGUGACCAUCCAGCCAUUGAAACCGAGGGAGACAGAGAGCCACAGUGUAGGCCUUGUGAGGGGGCCGCCGUGCCCCCCCUGCCUGGACAGAAAGGAGGGGGCCCUCCGCCCCCAUGUCAGGGCCAGCGCGAGCCUGCACCGCGCACUUUUGGGUUGUCCGGGCCUCAUGGCCCCAGUUUCCCAGGACCAAGGGGGCCAGUCCCCUCAUUUUCAGAAGAGAAUAUCGUUUCCAAUAACGACGGGCCGCGCGGGCCUCCACCGGCCAGAUUCGGGACACAGAAGGGGCCCAUCCCUUCCCUAUUCUCAGGGCCACAUGGGCCAACUCCCUAUGGGGACAGCAGGGGGCCCUCCCCCUCUCACCUUCCUGGGCCCAGGGCAGCAACCCUGCCCCAGUUUGAAGAACGCAAGGACCCGCAUGGGGAGAAAAGGGAGGCCCAGGAGGCGCCGUAUAGCGAGCUGGCUGGCUCGGCCGCCCAGUUUGAAGGACCAGAACAAGCCCAGUUCAUGGGAAAUAGAGGCACUGCGCCUUUCCAGUUUGGAGGCCAAAGGAGGCCUCUGCUGUCUCAGUUUAAAGGACCCCGGGGAGGCCCGCAUCCCUCCCAGUUUGGAGGUCAGAGAGGCCCACCCCCUGGCCAUUUUGGGGGCCCAAGGGGGCCGCAUCCCGGUCAGUUUGAAACUGCCCGGGGUCCCCAUCCUGGUCAGUUUGAAGGGCCCAGAGGCCAAGCACCUGGAUUCAUGCAAGGACCCAGGGGAAUCCAGCCCCAGCAGUUCGAAGAGCAAAGGGUAAAUUCCCCACCGAGAUUUGCAAACCAAAGGGCGCCUGCCCCCCUGCAGUUUGCUGGGCCCCGGGGGUCUGCGCCUUUCCCUGAGAAGAGUGAGCCGGCGCCCUCCCGGUUCCACUUCCAGGGCCAGGCCACCCCGGUGCUGAAGCCCGGGCCCCGUCCCCUGCUCGAGCUGCCCAGCCACCCGCCGCAGCACAGGCAGGACCGCUGGGACGAGGCCGGCGCGCCCGCGCAGGGCCCCGAGGCCGACUUCCGGGAGGGCAGAGGCCACGAGCACAGGGCCCAGCCCUUCGAGGGCAGGCCGCGCGAGCGCUUCGAGGCCGGGCCCAAGGACAAGCCGCUGGAGGAGCCCGUGGCCGCGCCGCCGGACAGCCGGCAGGGCCGGGCGCUGGAGGACCGGCGGCGGGAGCGGGAGCGCGGCCGCCAGUGGAGCCGGGAGCGGGACUGGGAGCGCGGCCGGCACCGGGAGCGGGACGCCGGCCGCGAGUGGGAGCGCGGCCGGGAGCGCGGCGCGGAGUGGGGCCGGAGCCGGGAGCGCAGCCGGAACCGGGAGCGGCGGCGGGAGCGGUCUCGGAGCCGAGACCGGGACCGCGACAAGGCCCGCGAGCGCAGGGACCGCAGGGACCGCAGCAGGAGCGGGGAGAGCGCCCGAGACCCGAAGGCCGAGGCCCCGCGGGCGGACCCCGCCGCCCAGACCUAGCGGCCCGGCCGGCGCUGCGGAGCCGGGUCAGGCGUGCGCACCGGGGAGCCCGCGCUGGCCGGACGCAGAUGCCCCGUGGAACGCGCGGGGCCGCAAACGUUACUGUAAUUUCGUGUAUAACGGUUUCUUACAGAAUUUCACGUCUUUACAACUCUGAUACUUUUUUAAAGAAAAACUAAGAACUCAGCAUUUCCAUUUGAAAUUACCGAAAUGGGAAAAUGUCUACAAAAGCAUAUUGCUUUUUCAGAUUAUAAAGUUAUCUUUUCCAGUAACUUGACCGUAGUAAGUUUUAAGGGAAUCUCAGUGGACCUUAGAGCCAUAAUUCUACGGACAUCUCAUCUGCGUUCCCGCGCCGAGAGCCUUUCCCACAGGCUCAGCGGGCUCCCCGCGAGGGCCACGGGCAGUGUUCACCCAGAACCCGAAGCUCGCAAUGCGUUCUUCUUUUGUCAGACAUUUGAAUUGCAAAUUUCAACCAGGAAAUAUUUCUUAGUUUUGCUCAGUUUUUAUAUGUCACCUCAAUACAUUUUUUUCCAAAGACGAUUAAAGGCAACAUCUGAGUAUAAACCGUUGCAUUUUAAAUAACAAUUCAUUGAAAAAUGUUUAUAUUUUACCAGCCUACAGAAAUGGAGAAAAUAAACCCAGCAGGUGUACCUAAAGGGGGGCAGCAUCUGCAAGCGACGCAUCCCAGGAAAAGUGCAGCAGCCCCAGAUUUCCAUUUGUGGGGUGAUGUAUUUUAGAGUUUGUCAUUGAAAAUGGAACAAUAUUUGUAUAAAGUCUGAGAUGGGGAAUAGUGAUACUAGAAGUUCAAGAACUACAGACUAGAAAGCUUUCACUGUGAAACACAGUAACUGCUCAGUCAUGUGUUUUUCCAAGUACUUCUGAAGUGUGAAAUAGAGCCUGGCUAAUUUAUUUAAUUGUACAAAUACACUUUGAUAAUUUUUUUAUAUUUUCAUAAAUUUACUUUUGCAAGUAUAAAAUUAGAGAAUUUCAUUUGUUCUUUGGAGUCUGUUAUUCCAUGGCGCAUCACUACAUGUUGUUCACUUUCUAGCACAAACAUUCAAGUUCGGAAAACCUUGAGAGUUUAGCGAUCUGGGUGGGGUGAUGAUUACAAACCAGGCGUCAGCGGGUUACAUUACAUUCAUGGUGUCAAGUUCCAAAGUCUAAUACGAUGUGAGGGUUUUUUUACAUGUAAAACAAAUUUUUCUAAUUUAAAUACACAAAUGUAAAAAUCAAGUGUGUUUCUUUAGGUUUACUUGAUAGAAAUUUCUGUAAAUUGUAUUUUAUAUUGCAAAGUAUUAUAUCACUGUACAUUAACACAUGGAACUUCAUAGAUUUUGUUACUUGAAGUAGAAUAAACAACUACAGAAGGUU